AUGAUAAUGUAUACCCAGGAGCUAUAGACUUAACUAACAAAGUCUCCAGUGCCAGGCAAGGGAUAACUUCUUUUGAGUUGUUGGUUAGGGAGCUCCAAGAGCUCCCCAGACAAUAUAGAAAUUGCCAUUGUUCAUGCUUCCUUGUCGGAUCUUGAAGGGUAAGACCCUAUUGCUGAAGAUACCACAUGCUUUGGUCACAGGGCUUGGAGAAGUAAAGCUGGUAUUGACCUAGAAGCCUCCUCCCUGAGGGCUGGUCUUCAUAAUGCUAGAAGGUGCUAUGCAAGUUGUCAUGGAAGAAGGGUUAUCAGCAGUCCUACAUAGCUAUAAAGCCUGAGAACCAUAACAAGAUCUUCCUAACAAUGCAGUAGUGGACCUUACAUCUUGGGGUUGCCACCCACUGUGUUUUGGAAAGUCAUGCCUGGUACUGGAAACCUAGCUAAGAACUCACAGCUGGAGAGGCCAUAGACCAGAGGAGAGCCUGUUUCUUCUGUUUCUCUAAGUAAGCUAAAAAAGCUGAGUGAAGACAGUUUGACUAAGCAGCCUGAAGAAGUUUUUGAUGUACUGGAGAAGCUUGGAGAAGGCUGCAUUUGAGUUGACAAACCGUCUUAUGGAAGUGUUUUUAAAGCAAUACAUAAGGAAUCUGGUCAAGUGGUUGCAAUUAAGCAAGUACCUGUUGAGUCAGAUCUUCAGGAAAUAAUCAAAGAAAUUUCCAUAAUGCAACAAUGUGACAGUCCAUAUGUUGUGAAGUACUAUGGCAGUUACUUUAAGAACACAGACCUCUGGAUUGUUAUGGAGUACUGUGGAGCGGGGUCCGUUUCAGACAUAAUUAGAUUGAGAAACAAGACAUUAACAGAAGAUGAAAUUGCAACUAUUCUAAAAUCCACAUUGAAAGGAUUAGAAUAUUUGCAUUUUAUGAGGAAAAUACACAGAGAUAUAAAAGCCGGGAAUAUUCUCCUCAAUACAGAAGGACAUGCAAAGCUUGCAGAUUUCGGAGUGGCUGGCCAGUUAACAGAUACAAUGGCAAAACGCAAUACUGUAAUAGGAACCCCAUUUUGGAUGGCUCCUGAGGUAAUUCAAGAAAUAGGUUACAACUGUGUGGCUGACAUCUGGUCCCUCGGCAUUACUUCUAUAGAAAUGGCAGAAGGAAAACCUCCUUAUGCUGACAUACAUCCGAUGAGGGCUAUUUUUAUGAUCCCUACAAACCCACCACCAACAUUCAGGAAACCUGAACUUUGGUCUGAUGACUUCACCGAUUUUGUGAAGAAGUGCUUGGUGAAGAGUCCUGAGCAGAGAGCCACUGCGACACAGCUGUUACAGCAUCCUUUUAUCAAGAAUGCAAAACCUGUGUCGAUAUUAAGAGACCUGAUUGCAGAAGCCAUGGAAAUCAAAGCCAAAAGGCAUGAAGAGCAGCAGCGGGAGCUAGAGGAGGAGGAAGAAAACUCGGAUGAAGAUGAGCUGGAUUCACACACUAUGGUGAAGACGAGUUCAGAAAGCGUGGGCACAAUGCGGGCCACCAGCACGAUGAGUGAAGGAGCCCAGACGAUGAUUGAACAUAACAGCACCAUGUUAGAGUCGGACCUGGGGACCAUGGUUAUAAACAGUGAGGAAGAGGAGGAGGAGGAAGAGGAGGAGGAGGAGGACGGAACUAUGAAAAGAAAUGCAACGUCACCUCAAGUACAAAGACCCUCUUUCAUGGACUACUUUGAUAAGCAGGACUUCAAGAACAAGAGUCAUGAAAAUUGUGAUCAGAGCAUGCGUGAGCCAGGCCCUAUGUCCAACAGUGUUUUUCCUGACAACUGGAGAGUUCCUCAAGAUGGAGACUUUGAUUUCUUAAAAAAUCUAAGUUUAGAAGAACUACAGAUGCGGCUAAAAGCACUAGACCCCAUGAUGGAACGAGAAAUAGAAGAACUGCAUCAAAGAUACAGUGCAAAAAGACAACCUAUACUGGAUGCUAUGGAUGCAAAGAAGAGGAGGCAGCAGAAUUUCUGACCAGAUUCCCUCUGUCUCAGUAUGACCAGAAACCAAGCAACCACAAGAAUUGAAGGAAUUAUAUUUUUUAAUCCCUAAAAUGUAUAUUCUACAAUUUUUUAAAACUCAAAAAUGAUGGUACACACCUAGAUAAAUUUCCCAAAAGCAAACUUUACAGUUGUCUCCACUCUGAUGUCGUUUUGAAAGGAUGAGAACAACACAUGUGCGCACUUCUCUCUCUGUCUGCUAUUACACCUGCAACAGAACUAAUCUAAAAUGAAAGCUGUAUGUGGAGACUUUAGAAAUCCAAAGCUGUUGCUUAGUCAAUCAUACAGCACUGGAGGGCUUUGUGUUCCAAUGUCCUUUAUUCCUAUGGAGAAGCCUAUUUAUUGAUCCCCCACCCCCACCCCCCAGGUAGACUUAUUUAUUUAUGCAGUUUCACUUUCUUGGGGUUUUUUGUUUUUUUAAGACAAGAUCAGGAUAGUUUUGGUGAAUGUCCAGGCACACUGCGGUUAUAACACACAACCAAAUUGUCCACUAAGCAGGGAGCUCUGAGUGUACUCCUUCAACUCCAAUAGACACAAAGUCAUGGCUGUAAUGUUCAAAUGGACCAGACAUUUUAUACUGAAGACUUAAUACCAUUUCUACCUUUUGAAGUGUUAAUUCCUGAUUUUGAUAUUGGUAAAAAUAAAACUGUAUAUACAUAGGUCAAAAAGAGUACAGUGUAAAACCAAAGAAAUCAACGAACUCUUGCACGAAAAAGUGUGGGAAAUAUUUUUAAAGACAUGAAACCUGAGGGGAAAAAUGUAAUUGUUAAUGUUUCUUUUAUUGGUCUGCAAUAACUCAUCAGGUUUAUCCUAUGGGAAUAUGCUCUGUCACAGGACUUUUUGUUGAUUUCAUUUAUUUCCUGGGAAUUGGUAAGCAUCAUGUAUCUGACAAUAAAACAGUAAAAAACAAAAACAAAAACUUUUAUACUAAAAACUGUAUCCUUAGGGCCUAAAAAAAUAUUAAAGUUUUAGAAAAAGACUCAUUUCUGAAGAGCAUUAGCAUUUGUGUAAUUGACGUGGGACCAGUCAUUUCCUGCACUACACAUGUCCUUUUUGACUGUGUGUGUGUUCUUUGAUGUGUUAAUUACUAUGUGUGCAUCACAAAGACAAAUAAAUUCCAUUGUGCCACCCAGAA